AUGUUUAGGCCGACUUCUCCUCUUUUGGGCGGUUUGCUAUGGAAAACUCCAUGGCGACUGUCCUCAAUGCAGAAAGCUCGACAGCGAAAACGGUUACGACUCGUGGACCAAGUGGUCGACACAGUCAGCUCAGCUCUGAUGAAGAAUGGUGGAAUGACCUCCAAAGCUGUCGAACGAUGGUAUCGUGAAAUGCCGCGCGAAGAAGAAAUGCUGCCCAAGGAUAAAUAUACCAUCUAUGAUCGGAAAGAGAAGAAGUACAGAAAAGGCAUUCACAGUACGAGGAUCGAGCUAUGGAACGCCGGAAUGGUCUUUGCUGAUCUUGAGACACAGAACUUCCCAAAUGGACGAGGCUUAGUCAACGAGUCAACCCUCCAGGAUUUUAAGCUUGAACUUGCACUAUUGUGUUAUUAA